AUGGAGCUGCCAUUUUUGCUGCCACAAAAUAAACGUGCACUACCUGGAGACGCACCUCGUCAAGCGAUCUCAAAAAGAGCCAAAAUAGACGAAGGAGGAGCACAAGAAAUUAUCAACUUAGAACAGGAAAAUGGAUGUGAAGACAAAACUAAAAAUAAGUCACUAGAUAUAGAUCUGGACAAGGAAAGUGAUGAGGAACAGAGCCAGAUGUUUGGGACAAGUGCGACUAGUACUCAAUUAUCCGAAAUCGAAGAGGUUCCAGCAACAGAGAAAGUUUCUACACAUAAAAUAAUGAAGAAUAAAUCACCUUUAAAGAAAGACGAACCAAAGAAAAAAGCAGAGAGUUCUGGACAUAAAAUUACUAAAGAGGAGAAACAUAAGAGAAAACUUCAAAAGGAUGAAGAGGCAAAGAAGAGGAGGGUGAAGAGAGAGAAAGAAGCGGAGGAAAGGAGAGCAAAAAAGCAGAAAGAGGCAUUGGAAAGGAAAGCAAAAAGAGAAAAGGAAAACGAAGAAAGAAGACUUCGUAAGGAGAAGGAAGCGAAGGAAAAGAAAAUAAGAAGAGAAAAAGUAGCUGAGGAAAGAAGGUUGAAGAAAGAGAGGAGGGAAAAGGAAAAGGAGGAAAGAAAACUAAAAUUUGAAGAAGAAAGAAGAAAGAAGAAGGAAGAGUUAGAAAAGAAAAACAAACUGAAGGAAGAAGAAAAGAGGAAGAAGGAAGAAGAAAAGAGGAAGAAGGAAGAAGAGAAACUACGAAAACAACAAAUAGAGGAGGAAAAACGUAAGAAACAAUCGAUAACAAAUUUCUUUCAUGUUAAGGCGACGAAGAAUUCGACUAAACUUUCAAGGACAAGUUUACCGGAGGCUCAGAAAGAGGAUGGGGAGAAUGAAGGUAAAUCUGACUUUGAAAAAUUCUUCCUUCCAUUUUAUGUGAAGGGAAAUACUCGUCUAGUUAAGCAUGAGAUUGACCUUACGAAAGAAGCCUCGUUGGAACAAUUUAUCAGAAAUGCCGAGAACGAUGAGAACACAUGCAAAUCAAGAACAGAUCUCAAUCAAUACUUUAGUAUACUUGCAAAUAAAGAGCUGAAAAAUGCUUCUGAAAUCAAACUUGAUUACAGAAAAGCUGGAGAUGUUGCGCAAAAAAUGAAUUUGGGUCUCAUAAAAGAUUCUCAGGAAGAUUUUGAGAAGGUUCCUCGUGCAUUUCUACAAUUCUAUGAGAAUAUGAAGGUGCCGUAUUGUGGUACCUCCUCGUAUACUAUUUUUGAUGUGAAAGAGACAUUAGCGACAAAUCCAUUCAUCAAAAUAACAUCAAAACAAGGACCAACUAUAAAUUAUGAAUACGAUUCAGAUUUGGAGGAAUCUGACGAUGAGGGAGACGGCGAAGAUAUUGAUCUUGAGAAUGACGAUGAGGACGACGAGGAUGAUGAAGAGGACAUAUCUAGUGUAUCUGAUAUAGAAGGCUUCGUCGAAAAAGAUGGUUCUGAUAGUCAAAAUUCUACGGAUUCAAAGCAGAAGAUUCUUGGACCAUUAAAACCAGAGACCAGAUGGCUUGGGCAAACAUUUUCGGAAAAAGAUGCAUUUGGCAAAUACUUCCAAGGUAUUAAAGUAAAGAAGGUACAGGCACAACUAAGCUUUCCAAUCAAUCCUUUUAAAAAUUACUGGGAUGGCUCGAAAAAGUAUGAGAGUGAGGAUAAUAGUAGCCAAUCAAAAUCUUUACCGAUAGGGACAGAUACACACACCGAGAGAUCACUAGAUACUAAUAACACGCAACCAGGUAUUAUGAAGGUGAGAAAAAAGACGCUUACUAAGGAAGAAGAUGUGAAGAAACUUGUGGAUUUUGUGAGGAAAAACUCAAAUUACACUUUAGGCACUUUAACUGAGUUGUUACAAAAACAAAUAUUUACGGAGUGCUCUAGAUCCAUAGUGAGAAAUAGCAUUAAACAUUUUGCUUCCUUUGACAAGAAACAGAACAGGUGGGUUAUAAACGCAGAUGCAACUUCUACUAUGACAAAUUAA